GUCCCCCCCCCCCCUUUGCCUUUCCCUCUGCCCUGCACGGUGUCGGUGGACCAGGCAAAUUUGAAAUUAAGAAUCCGUUAUGAAGAAUAAAUUGGGCCUCGUUCCCUUUUCAGUUCCGAGCUUGGCUAUUUUUGUUCGUGGAUGUGGACUUUAGGUGGAUGACACUUGGAGGAAAGAGAUAUGGAGACCAAAGGCUAUCGCAGUUACUCAAAAAGUCUAGAUAUGGAGAGGCGCUGGAGUCAAGGUUCCCAAUCUAUGGAGUACACUCCUAAAGGAGCAGAAGAACAGUCCGAAGAGAGUAAUAAUUACAUGGAGAUUGUAAAUGUGAGCUGUGUUUCUGGCACAUUUCCAAAUGCCAGUUCUCAAGGAAGCAACAAAGAAAAACCUGAGCUAAUUUCGUGUCUUCAUCCAGAUCAUAGUCAGCCGGCUAUUUUACCCUGUGAUAUAAAAACUGAGAUAGACUCCAAGGAACUUUCUGCCACGGUAGCUGAAUCAAUGGGUUUAUACAUGGAUUCUGUAAGAGAUGCCGAUUUUACCUAUGAUCAGCACAGUCAUCAAGGAAACUUGAUUUCUGCAAAGAUGUAUCAAAAUGUUGAGCAAUUAGUAAAACUCUAUAAGGAGAACGGCCAUCGUACCUCUCCCUUGAACACCCCAAGUAGGUCCUUGAGACCUCUAAUAUCAGACUGUGCAAGCUCUGUGAAUGGUGGCAUUGUACCAUCUAUCAUCAAAAGUCCUAGAGUGUGCCACGAGAAGAAUUCUUCUGAUUGUAGUCCUCAAAGCAUGACUCCUUCAGUAUGCAGCCCUCCUGGAAUUAGUUCUGUAUCAUCAACUACUUCCACUAACUUUACAAAUUUCACCGUAAAUAGUCCAAUAAACCAGGGAACACCUUUGCCAUGUUCACCUAACAUUGAAAACCGAGGUUCAAUGUUACAUAGUCCUCCACAUACUAGCAAUGUAGGAUCUCCUCUUUCUAGUCCUAUAAGUAGCAUGAAAUCACCUAUUUCAAGCCCUCCUAGUCAUUGUAGUGUGAAAUCUCCAGUUUCAAGUCCUAAUAACAUUACAAUGAGAUCUUCAGUAUCUAGCCCUGCAAAUAUGAACUCAAGGUGCUCUAUUGCCAGCCCUUCCAAUGCCAACAAUAGAUCCACUCUUUCUAGUCCUGCAGUAAGCACUGUGGGAUCUUCAAUGUGUAGCCCUGUAAAUGGUGCAGUGACGUUUCCAGCAUCUAGUACAUCAGUUGGACCUGGUGCAACUCAAGACAUGGUUCCUAGUCCAGAUUCAAAAGAGAAUAAAGGUGCUUCUGAAAUCAUAUUUCCUAAAAUAGAGGAAAUAGAAAAUGCCAUCCCUAUCAAUGAAGUAGCUAAUCAGAUGACUGUUGCUCAGUUUAUAAAACCUGAACCAGAUGGGAUGUUUAGUAGCUCAUGCCUUGGAGAAAAUAACAAAAUCAAUUCUGAUCCCCCAUUUUCAGUAUCAAUAAAGCAAGAAUCAGCUAAACAUUCUUGUUCUGGUGCUUCUUUUAAAGGGAAUCACAUAGCAAAUCCCUUUCCAUUUAUGGAUGGAUCAUAUUUUUCUUUCAUGGAUGAUAAAGACUACUAUUCUCUUUCUGGGAUUUUAGGACCACCUGUUUCAUCCUUUGACGGAACAUGUGAAGCUAGUGUGUUUUCAAAUUCUAUAGGAAUUAAACAGGAGCCUGAAGAGAACAACUAUUAUCAAGAGAGUGCUCUACCUUCCUCUGCCAUUAUUGGAGUCAAUUCUGGCGGACAGUCAUUUCACUAUAGGAUUGGUGCUCAAGGCAGAAUAGCUUUAUCACGGCCUGUUGGUAGAGAGCAGCCUUUUCAGCAUAUGAGCUCAUUUCCUCUGGUAGAGUCCUGGAAAUCACAUUCUGAGUUGUCUGGCAGAAGAAGUGAUGGGUAUCCAGUUCUAGAAUAUAUUCCAGAUAAUGUGUCAAGUUCAUCAUUGAGAAAUGUUUCAACUGGAUCUUCAAGACCUUCUAAAGUGUGUUUGGUGUGUGGAGAUGAAGCAUCCGGAUGCCAUUAUGGAGUAGUGACAUGUGGCAGUUGCAAAGUCUUCUUUAAGAGAGCAGUGGAAGGUAAAUCCUCAUGGCAGCACAAUUACUUAUGUGCGGGACGGAAUGACUGUAUAAUUGACAAAAUUCGAAGAAAAAACUGUCCAGCUUGCAGAUUACAGAAGUGUCUUCAAGCUGGAAUGAAUUUAGGAGCCCGGAAGUCAAAAAAAUUGGGCAAGUUAAAAGGUAUCCACGAAGAGCCACCUCAGCAGCCGCAGCAGCCACCACAAAGUCCAGAAGAAGGGCUUACCUAUAUUGCUCCAGCAAAAGAACCUUCUGUGAACACAGCACUUGUUCCUCACUUAUCUGCAGUUUCACCAGCACUUACUCCCUCGCCUGCUAUGGUUCUAGAAAACAUCGAGCCUGAAAUUGUGUAUGCAGGAUAUGAUAGUUCAAAACCAGACACAGCGGAACACCUGCUCUCCACUUUAAAUCGUCUCGCUGGCAAGCAGAUGAUUCAGGUGGUAAAAUGGGCAAAGAUUCUCCCAGGAUUUAGAAACUUGCCUCUUGAGGACCAAAUUACUUUAAUACAGUAUUCUUGGAUGUGUUUAUCAUCAUUUGCCUUGAGCUGGAGAUCAUACAGACAUACAAAUAGCCAGUUUCUUUAUUUUGCUCCUGACUUGGUCUUUAAUGAAGAAAGGAUGCGGCAAUCUGCAAUGUUCGAAUUAUGCCAAGGAAUGCAUCAGAUCAGCCUUCAAUUUGUUCGUCUGCAGCUUAGCUUUGAAGAAUACACCAUAAUGAAAGUUUUGUUGCUGUUAAGCACAGUUCCCAAGGAUGGGCUCAAGAGCCAAGCUGCGUUUGAAGAAAUGAGGGCAAAUUACAUUAAAGAACUUAGAAAAAUGGUAACUAAACAUCCAAAUAAUUCUGGACAAAGUUGGCAGCGAUUUUAUCAACUGACAAAGCUCCUGGACUCUAUUCAUGAUCUUGUUAGCGAUUUGCUGGAAUUUUGCUUCUACACCUUCCGAGAGUCUCAAGCUCUCAAAGUGGAGUUUCCAGCCAUGCUGGUAGAAAUCAUCAGUGACCAGUUACCCAAAGUGGAAUCUGGGAAUGCCAAGCCUCUCUACUUCCACCGGAAGUGACAGAACAUGUCUUAAUGGAAAAAAAAGAAAACUUUGCCUUAAGUUCCCCUGCGCUAUUCCACACCCAUGAAGGAGCCAAGAAGCCACAUUUAAAGUGUGCUAUUCAAAAUCGUUCAACAGUGUCUCAAUCGUCUAAAGACAAUAUGAAGGUUUGGAGAAUGAAAAACAAGCAUCUUAUAUGAACUUGGUAAGACAAAAUAGCCAAGAGGUUUAUGAACACCAGGCCACCCCAAAUACUCCCAGCAUUUAAAAAAGAAAAAAAAAAGAAAUAUUCCUGUUCCUCUGGAUGAAAAGCCAUAUCUAGUCAAAUAACUCCUUGAUUUUGAUAUAUUAACAGAAGAACAUUUUAAUUAUGUCAUGUAGUUUCUGGUAUUGUUUGCUUGUUUUAAAAGGGUUUAAGAAUGAACUUUUAAAAAGCUUACCAUUGGUUUGCACAUAAAUAAGUCAAUAUGGGGCAUUAAUUCUUGUACUAUACACAAACACACAUACAUACGUAGAAACAAAAUCAAAUUCCUGGUAUGUAACAUAGAUAAUGGAACAUUUUGGUGUGGAAUAAUCUUGGUAUAUUCACUUGCGGCAUUUGUUAUCCCAUGUUAUCCAUCAUAGAUGAUCUACACUGUGUUAAGUGUUCAUUUAUUAUUUAACUUGAAAGGAUAAGAUGUUAAAACAAAUGCCUCCGUUUCAAUUUAUAGUAUAUUGUGCUGGCUUUACCAAUAAUUUUUGCAGUCUUUUGCUGUACUGUACAAUGCUGUAUGUAUAAAUUGAAGGACCUGAAAAAAUGGUAUAAGGAACUUUUGUAAAUGAGACCUAAAAUCUUUAAUGGUUAAUAGGAUGAAUGGGAAAGUAUUUUUGGAAGAAUUCUAUUUUGCUGGAGACUAUUUAAUUACUCUUUUUUGUCUAAACACAAGGGUUUUUUUUCUUUUUCUUUUUUGUAAAGUGAAUUGUUCUGCAUGCAUAAUGAACCGUUUACAGUGUAUUUAAGAAAGGGAAAGCUGUGCCUUUUUAGCAUCAUAUCUAUCUCACAAUGUCUGUUGUAAAUAAUCACCCAUAAUUGUUUCCAGUUGUUCUUUUUCCAUCCAACUUCCUCAGCAUUUGUCUACUACUUUUUACAUCCUUUGAGCACAAUGAGUCUGCUUCAAGCCUCUUGCUGUGUUUGCAGCUUUAUACACACAUUUUAUCUAACAAGAUAAAUGUUAACAAGGAUAGACUCCAUCAAGACAUGAUUUUCUACAUGUUUCAUUAAAGCUAAUAAAGCUGUGCAGAUAAUUUGGUUCCUAUUUCAAUGGAGCCUGCUUAAGUCAGCUAUAUGGUGAAUUGUGCCCAGUUUUGUUUUUUUCAAAGACUAUCAUCUCGGGAUCAAAUGAGAUUCUGCUCCUCACUCUGAAGGUCACUGUCCUACACACAGGCAAAUUUAAACAAGACCCUCUCAAACACAUUGUCCUCCAAGCAAAGGCUCAUUGAGUCCAAAACCCUACAGAGUAUAGUGAUCUGCUCAUUUUGGGGUUGUUUAAUUUUAUGUCAAAUAUGUGGUUAAAGAACUGUUUUUCCUUCCUUUGAAAUCUGGAACCAAUGUAUAUUGCCAAAAGUAUGGACAACAAAUCUGAAUAUAUAGGUGGAAAUAAAAAUUAUCCCAUAUCCUAGACACAUUUGGAAUGAUAAUAAGAAUAGGGACUAUUUAAUGCUAUUUAUUGUUAGGCAAAUCAGUAACUCAGUAACUGUGUAUAGGAUUGCGAUUUAACUACUCUUAAAAUGAGCCCUCAAAUAGGCAAUUUUCAAAAUCUGGAUUUCUCUCAAAACUAUGUCACGGCAACAGUGUCUUUCUUGUGAUGAUCAUUACUAUAUGAAUAAUUUAAAUAUGUAGCAUAAUUCUUAAAAACAAAACUUACAAUAAUUGUCAGUUAUCUUCAUCUAAAAGAAAGUUUAGAUAACUUCUUUGAGAAAAAUAAAGGAUCUUUUAGGUUGAAAUCCUAUGUACAAUUAUUUGAGAAUAAGUUCCAGUGGAAUUACUUCUUAGUAACCAUGCUUAAAACCAUGUAAUUAAUAACCAAAUCUGGGAUCCAAAGGUUUUUUUUUAGGUGUGCUUAAAGUUUGGAUAAGUUCCUUGGAACCUGCUGCAAUUAACAGCAAAUCUAAUUUACAAUAUUUUUUUAAAGUACUGUUUCAAAAACAGUUAUGGAGCAUACAUAGAAGCCCAAGUAAUUUCUUGGAUCUUAAUCAUUCAUGAAGUUUUUGAAACUUGAACAGAUAUUUGCAUUUCCAUCUUGCAUCCAUAAAAUUUAAAUAAAACCAUAGCAAGUGGAUUUCUCAAAUCAGUUUCUCUCUGCAUCCCCAGACCUCUCUAAGGAUCUUCACCCAUCUGAACCAGCUUUAUAGUGAAAGGGAAAAUCUAAUCUGCUGAUCUGCCAGUAUUGUUAAUUCCAGUGUUCCAGUGGUAGACAAGCAGAACUGAAUUCAAUUCAACUUGACCUUUUUGAGCCAUACAGUUUUCUGAAUGAGAAUCUAUGGAAGAUAUACAUUACACAGCCAUAUAUUGGGUUGACUCCUGACAAUACUAGCUGAACUUAAUUCCAGCUGAAAUGAAUGCAAUUUAAUAAAAUCAUUUUCAGUUUUGAAAAGCAAAAUCCUUUAUCAACUCUUUGGACUGCACAGCAAUAUGAAACUGAAUUUCUACAGUGAUAAAAAUAUAUAGCAUGCAACAUGAUCGUUUGUAUUAAAUAUCCUUUUUAUUAAGUUUUUUUUGUAAAAAAAACUUACUGAAAUUGGAAUUUUAAAUUAUCCAAGUUUGUGGUAAAUGAUGCAGCUGUUUUUUUAUUAGCAAAGUUACUAAAUAUUUUUCUAUCUCCAAGUAACUUUGCUUGAUUAAAAUAUUAAAGCCAUAUUAUUUUCAUUUUUUAAAUCCACUGGUAGAUGUCAGUUGUCUGGUUACUAUUAUUUUUUGUACCUUAUUGCAUUUAAGUGUGGUACAAUUCAUAAAUCUCAGAAUUGUCAUGAAUAAAACACUAAAUUAGUUUUAAAACAAUUUAUAACUUUAUGCAAAAUAGCUAACUUUGCAGGAAAAGUAUGCAGAUUAUAAUAAAUUCUUUAAUCACCUGUUCAUGAAACCAUUGAUUAUUGCUUAGAAAUCAUUAAAAUGAACUUCAAAUGAAAGGAAGGUAUCAGGAGUACAUUAUAUUUUAGAAGGAAAUAGAUAUUUGUCUCCUGCAAAAUACGAUAAACAACUUCAAAAUGUGAAAAUAAUUGUGUUGAUUGAGUGUAAUGAUUUUGUGGCAAUGACUGAAAUUAUACAGCAAGAACACUGUAUUUAUAUAAAUGUAAAAUAGUUUUAAUUUACUGCAGUGUGUAUUUCAAGAAUAAUAUUACAUUGCAGUGUGUAACCAUUCUGUUGCACAGAACAAAACUGAAAAAGGACUAAAAGCUUGCAAUAUCAAAAUCUUAAAAUAAAAUAUACUUUAUAAUCAAUAAUGCAAAAAUCUAAUCACAGGGUGGUAUUUUCACUGACUUUUAGAAACCUUUCGGAAUUUAAACCAUUCUACAUUUAAUGCACUUUUAAUUGUCUAUUAAAGAUGUGACAUUUUUGAUAGAGGGGAGAAAGAAAGAAGGAAGGGUGCAAUUUUAUCUGGCAGAUGACUAACUUGUUAGGUAGCAGUUAUAAUGCCAGGGUUUUCAGAGUAAUGUUUCAAAGUUCAUAGAGCUGAAGAGCACAUUACACCAAGAACUUAGCACUUGUGCAGGAGAAGUUCUUGGUGGUUGUGUCCUAUUAUUACUGGAUGAAAAAAGCAGCCAGCACUACAGUAUAAAACAGCAACAUCUAUGCAUAAUGAUGCAUUAAUAAUUAGGAGCUUGCUUCUGUAUGUUUAAACCUUUUGAAUAAAUACAAAAUUACUGUUUGGCCUUUAUGUUAUUGUCUUUAAGUACACAAUUUUUAUAAGUUGUAUAAAUAUACACAAAUUAAAAUGGUGUGAUCAUAGUAA